AUGCCUCCUAACCCCCUAACCCUAAUCGUCGCUACGACACCUAUAAAAACCAAAACCACCAAACCCGCGGUGCUCAGCGAACGCCUCGGCAUCGGCCACGGCGGGGCCCUUCCCUGGCCGCGCAUCAAAGCCGAUAUGUCUUUUUUCGCACGGGUGACGACGCGCGCACCACGACCGGACACUACGAACGCGAUCUUAAUGGGUCGUAAGACAUAUGACUCUCUACCGGUGAAGCUGAGACCGCUAGCCAAGAGGAUUAAUGUUGUUUUGACGAGGGAUCCGAUAAAUGUGGGACGGAUGGUAAGGGGGGAGUUGGAGAAUAAAAUUGCUUCUUCUUCGAUAUCGGCUUCGUCUGGGACAGAGCAACAGGAGACCCAAACACCUACAACAGAUGCGAUCGUUGAGACAGGACUUGAAACAGCGUUGCAGACACUGGAGACAAAAUACCAAGGGGGGAAACUCGGAAAGAUAUUUGUGAUUGGGGGCGCGGAGAUCUACGCGGCUGCGUUGCGAAUGGCAGGGUCACGACCUUUGAGGAUCGUUAUGACGAAUGUGCAGAAGAUCAACCCCCAGGAGGAGUUCGAAUGUGAUACGUUUUUCCCGGUCGAUGAGGAGCUCGUUCACGAGAGAGGAUGGAGGAAAGUGAUGCCGGAGGAAUUGACGGAGUGGGUGGGAGAGACGGUCUCGUGUGAGUGGAAAGAGGAGGGCGAUGUUAGGAUUCAGAUGGUGGGAUAUGAACGGAUAUGA